CUAUACAAGAAUCUUAGACCAAUAUUUAGCUGUUAGUGACUUCUAAUCUUACUGCAUUUAACAGGCCUCUAGGACGACUAUCCUUUGAAAUUUGUUGAGACUUGCUUUAUUGCCUAGUACAUGGUGAAGUUUUGCACAUGCUCCAGGUCAGCUUGAUAAAAAUGUGUAUUCUCUAGUUGCUAGAUGCAGAACUUUAUAAAUGGCCAUUAGCUAAAACUAGUUAAUGUGUUAUUCAAAUAAUCUAUAUCUUUGCUGUUUUUGUAUAUUUGACUCCUUGAAAAAGAUGCACUGGACUUUUUCAUUUUGACAUUGGAGUUGUCAAUUUCCCCAAUUAAUCAUACCCAUUACUGUUUUAUAUGUUUGAAGACAUUAGGUUCUUAUAUAUUUAAAAUGAAUAUUUUUGGUGUAUUGAACUAUCAUCUUUAGAUAAUGAGUCUCUAUAUUCCAAACGAUGGUUCAUCUUUGUUAUUUUGUUUGGUACAGCUAAGUCAGCUUUCUUUUGAUUAAUGUUCACCUGAUCAACAGUUUCCACCCUUUUACUCUCAGCCUUUUCACAUCUUUAAUGCUGUAAGUGGGCUGUCUUACAGGGUGGUCGAAUGUCAUCUAAAUCAAAACACUUAAGAGAGGGGAAAUAGAUGCUAUGAAUCACACCACCAGCACAGCAGACAUAAAUUGGGUAUGUUCUGAGAAAACUGGGAAAUAUUGGCCAGCCCCUUUAGAAAGAACAUAUUAAUUUGAUUUUUAAAAAGCUCAAUCCAACCAUCUAACUAGUGAUCAUACACUUUUUCUCAUUUCUACAAUCCCAAUUAUUGCAAUCCACGUUUUCCAUGUUUCUUUUUUUCAGCUCUUUCCUUGACUUCUCUGGGUGAGGGUUUUUUUGUUUUUCCCCCUCAUCCACCUUUCCCACCACUGCUUCCCAGCUUCACUGGGGCAGUGAGGGCAGUGGUUCUCCUUGACGCCUUAUCAUGCCAAUGGAACUUGGCACUCUGAGUUUCCCUCUCCUAUACCCCCAACAGUAGAAAGAUUUUAGGAUUCUUUGUCUCUGAUCAUCUCCCUCCGGACCUGUGUUAUCUUUGUCCACCAUUUUACCUUUUUUCUUUAACUCCAUAAUUGGACAGAAUUUUUAUUAUUUGGUACAAUCCAUAAAUAUUUGGAUUUGCUUCUGUGUUUGCUAUUUUGAUUGCUCCUUACUGCCUCACAGGCUGUCUCCUGAGAGGAUGUUCCUCCUUACCCAUUAUAAAUUCAUUACAUCAGGUCUCUUGCAUGUAUAUGCCAUCAUUUUUUAUUGUAACUGUCUUUAUUCUAUCCUAGUUCUUGGCAGGAAAUUUUUCUGGUAAACAAUUCUAAGUUGGCUGUAUUUUCUAUUAACAUUUGGUAGAUGUUUUUCACUCUCUCCUGGUUUUCCUUGCUGCCUAUCAACUUUUGCCUCUUAGCAGAAGAAUGUGGUCACUGCUCAUUGUUAGCAAUCUGUCCUCUCUCUUGAUGUUCUUGAAGAUCUUGCCUUUGUCUCUGGUGUUCUGCAGCUUAUUCACAAUGUUUCUUGCUGUGGCCCUUUUUCACUUACCCUCUUGGGAAAUGAAGUUUCCUGAACCUAAGAACUUGUGUUUUCCAAGUUUUAGAAAAUGUAUUGCUUUUAUCUUUUUUUUUUUUUUUUGCUUUUAUCUUUUUUAUGAUCGCUUCUCUAUUUCUUCUAUGGGGCCUCUGAACAGAUGCAUGUUAAAUCUUCUAUUCUCCAAGGGUCUGCUUCUUGGUCACAUGUCAGCUGUGUAUUCCUGUUCACUAAUUCUUGUGUUGGAUCUGCUUAGCCUUCCUUUCAGGGUUUCUGUUUUGACAAAUUAUUCUGUUAUAAAUUGUUAUUCAAGUUCUUAUUUUUAGAAGUUCAGUGUCUUCCUCCAACUGUGUCUGCUUUUUGUCAACUCUUGUAAGUUCGCCUCAGUAAUUAUGACUUUGAUUUCCCUAAAAAGUUUGUGGAAUAGCUGCCUUUGUUCUGUCUGACAGGCCCAGCCUCUGCAGUCAGAUCUGCCAUUUCCUCUUUCUGUUGACUCUCAGAACGGAUUGUCUCCUCAUAUGACUGAUAGUCUUUAUUUUGAGCCCUUUGCUUGACCUUAAUCUGUGAGAGUCUCGCAGGCCUAACUUGGACAAAUUUUCCUUCAGAUGAGUCUUGCUUCUGCUGGUAGCCAAAGAGUACCCCAGCCUAGGACUUCAGCCCUGCUGAGGAUUUCUGCACAAAUCAGUUUUAAGAUUAGUUUCCCUUCCUUGCUGCUGUUCCAACAUAAUAUCCUUACAACGGGUUGCCUUACUAGUCCUCUUACCCACCUUUCCAGUUUGGCUCUAUACUGCUGUAUGUCACCUACUGCUUUAGUUCUGCACUGUCCCAGGCCUGGCUCCCUACCUCUGUGGCCAGCACCUCCAGCCACUUACCUUGGCCUCGGUUUCCUGACCACACCUGAUCUAGAUUUUUUGGUUUGUUUGUUUGUUUUUGAAGGAUUGGUCCCUGGGGGUCUCUCCUACCUUUUGCAAGACUGGUAGUGCACCAGUAUGUAUGUUAAACAAAGCUUCAGUUGCGAUAAGUUAUAGGAGAGAGAACUUCUCAGAACUUAGUCAUUCCUAACAGCAGAAACAUAGCAUUUUCUAAAACAUCAAAAAACCUUAAAUGCACUAAAAUGAAGGAUGGAACAAAUUAUGUUAUCUAAGAAACUUCAUAAGCAAAGGAGGGACAGAGAACACAGAGGUUGGUGUCCAAACUGUUGCAAGCCAGAGAGGCCAAUUUCUGAUAUCUGGGAAGUGAUGUCAGUGGAGGCCGAGCUGCACCCUUUCUUUGAACAGAUGGAAAGGGGAAACAACCUCAAAGCUAAGCUCAAAACCUUGCAUCCUUCCAAGAUCUUGAACCAAAAUAAGGAGCAAAAUGCCUCCAGUCCUGAUCACCGGAGAUGCUGCUACGCAGAUUGUGGGCCACGGAGGCGAGCAGGAUGACAAGUUCACCAACAUCCUGGAUGCAGUGGGAUAGUUCCCCGCGUUCCAGCAGAGGCUGGUGGCCCUCACCUUCAUCCCCAUUGUCCUGUCAGCCUUCUUCUUCAUGUUUGCUGAUGUCUUAGUGUUCACAGCCCAGAAGCCCUAUUGCAACACCAGCUGGAUCCUGGCUGUGGGCCCCAACCUGUCUGUGGCCACGCAGCUGAAUCUCACCCUGCCUAGGGAUCCCAAUGGCAGUUUCCUGACAUGCCUCAUGUACUUGCCUGUGGACUGGAAUCUGGAUCGUAUCAUCCAGUUUGGCCUCAACUACACAAACUCACACCAAGACGGGUGGAUCUACCCUGAGACCAAGAAGCGGUCACUGGUUAAUGAGUUUGACUUAGUGUGUGGCAAGGAACUGAAUACAGAAGCUGUGCAGACCAUGUUCAUGGUGGGCCUCCUGAUAGGGUCCCUUAUCUUCGGGUUCCUAAGUGACAAGCUGGGCCCCUACCCCACCAUCCUGCUGUCUCUGCUGGGCCCGAACAUCUUCGGCUUUGGGAUAGCCUUCGUCAGCAGCUUCCACCAGUACCUGUUUUUCCACUUCGGUGUGUCCCAGGCAGUGGUGGGCUACAUCAUCAUCAGCCUGUCUCUAGCCACCGAGUGGCUGGUGGGCGUGCAGCGGGCCCAUGUCAUCAUCCUGGAGCACCGCUGCUUCGCUGUGGGGACCAUGUUCCUGAGCGGGCUGGCCUACAGCCUCCCACACUGGUGGCGGCUGUUUCUGGUGGGCGGGGCCCCAGUGUUCCCUCUCACCUCCUACGCCCGGUCACCUUCCGGGCCUCUGACAUGUGAGUCGCCCCAUGCCGGAGCAGGAUGGCUGCAGCGGAGGCUGGGCGGGUCUCUGAGGCACCUGGAAUGGUGGAUAAGAAAGGGGCAGGCCAUGCAGGAUCCUUCUGGAGUCCCGAGGUGGCUGAUGAUGAAAGAGAAGGUGGAGGAGGCCAAGCAAGUGCUGUGCUCUGCAGCUGGCGUGAACAAGAAGGCAAUCCCUUCAAGCUGCUGGGCAAGGUAAGAGUUGCAUCUGCCUGGAAAGAAGGAAACUAAGGCCUCUGUUCUGGACUUCUAUAACAACACGCACCUCUGCAAGGUGACCUUGGUGAUGGGCUGCGUGUGGCCUCUAGGCCCACAAGGCCCCCAGCGAGCUUUUCACUCCUCCUGCAAGGCCACAGGUCUGGGGCUGGUGUCUCUGGCCUGGGCGGUGGGCGCCAUGGUGGCCCUGGUGUUCGUCAGCCAGAGCCUCAUCCUCCUACCUGUCUUUCUCUGCUUCCUCUCAGCCAUCCUGUCCUUGUCCCUCUGCUCCCUGCUGCCAUAAACACAAGAUCAGCCCCUCACAGAUAUCCUGGGCCACCUUCCCCGGGGUUGUGGCUGCAGCGUGAGCAAGGAGCUGAUGACCGAAGAUGUGUCCUGCGAGGAUGUGACUGACAAGGUGGCCAAGAACACCAUUCUCAAUGCCACGGAUGCUGAAACUGAACUCAGACAUCCUCUCCAGCAUGUCUUUGGAGUCCAGAGAGGAGGAAGCAGACAGGAUGCCCACAGAGGAGGACUGAGGGCCAGGCCCCAGACGAUCUCGAAUUAG